AUAAACAAAUGGAUCUCCACUGUGAUUGGAUCAGUCAAUGUGAGGGGGCUUUUUACCCCAAAAACUAUCCUUUCAUGUAUUGGACAGUUAUUUUGUCUCAAAAUAAAUGUGAUCAUUUUCAGGGAUUUUGUUGCUAUUUGGUGUUUUGUUAUAAAAUCAAAUCAAAUGUCCCUUUUAUACUGCCUUUAGCCCUGUUGUACCCUACAUAUGUAUAGGCUAGAUUUCUUAUUAUUAUUUUUAUUAUUUUGUGAUAUAAGAAAGCACAAAUUCCCAUGGGUUUAAAACACAAAAGUGAAUAGAAAUGGCUUUAAAACUGCUGUAAGGAAAGAUGUGCCAUUUAUACAAGAUAAGCAAUUAACUACCUUGCUUCAUAAUCCAUGGAAUCACUCAUAAUGUCUCUUUAAAAGUACGCAAAGUUUUAUUGGAUUACAUGGGAACAUUUACCAUGGAUUUUAGGUGAUGUUGCGUUUACUUUUGUAAACUCAAUGAGGUCAGUGUAAAAUGAGUUGAUGUGCCCUGAAGCCCUGUGUAAAUGAACAUAAAUUUAGUUUGCAUUUGCUUGAAGCUCUGGCUUAAGUAAACUUAUCCUUGAAUACGUUACAAUGUUUCAGAAAUGACUUUUUACAUUCCACACAAGACUCGAUUUAGUUGUAUCACAUAACCAGGGCAUUGAUGAUGUAAUGCUAGAGAACAUUACUGUACAUUUCUUAAGGGGGUUUAGAGAUGCUCUUAACAUGCUUGUGAUCUUGGGUUAUAAAAUAUUGGGUGAAAACCAGCAUUUUUUAAAGAGAUAGUUCACCCAAAAAAUAAUUUACUCACCCUCAUGUUUUUCCAAACCAAUUUGACUUUCUUGCAUGGAACACAAAAGGAGAUGUUCGGCAGAAUGUUAGCUUCAGUCACCAUUCACUUUCCUUGCAUAAUUCAUCCGUACAAUGAAAGUGAAUGGUGACUGAAACUGAGACUGUGUUCCACAGAAGAAAAAAUUGAUGAGGGUGAAUAAUGAUGACAGAAUUUUCAUUUUCGGGUGAACUAUGCCUUUAAGCUUGAGAUUCACAGUAUACAGAAAUUGAAUAAUAGUUAAAUACAAUCUGAAACAAUGCCUUAUUAUAAAGCAUGUUGUGGCAUUAAAUGUAAUCAAUGGCCUUCAGGACGUAAACUGACACGUGUCAUUGGGCUAGGUUAGGCAAUGUUCUCUUCUUGAACAGUCUUGCCACUUUUGUGCCUAGAUCAGGAAAUGAUGUCAUUAAGCUCCUCCUACACCUCACCUGAACAGAGGGUAUGGCCAGACAGAAGCAGUCUGUACAGACAGGAAAAAAAACAAGGAACAGUUCACAACCCUGUGGUCUUUCACGGAGAAGCCUUUUUUAUAUGAAAAGGGCGAGUUUAAAAGUGGAUUUGGAUUAAAAAUGGAUGUCCCAGAGAACUCCCCAGGGAUCAUGGGGCUGCUGAAAACUUUCGAUGCUUCGGAGUUUGGAAGUUGGGAAAAGAUUGGCUCAGGCGGCUUUGGACAGGUGUACAAAGUACGACAUAUACAAUGGAAAACAUGGCUGGCUAUCAAGUGCCCACCCAGCCUUCACUCAGAUGACAAGGAGCGUGCCGAGCUCUUAGAGGAGGCCAAAAAAAUGGAGGCAGCUAAAUUCCGCUACAUCCUCCCUGUGUACGGUAUCUGCAGUGACCCACAGGGCCUGGUGAUGGAGUAUAUGGAAACAGGCUCCCUGGAAACCCUGCUGGCCUCAGAGCCUUUGCCCUGGGAACUGCGAUUCCGCAUCAUCCAUGAGACAGCGGUGGGCAUGAACUUCCUGCACUGCAUGAGUCCGCCACUUCUUCAUCUUGACCUUAAACCUGCCAACAUCCUGCUGGAUGCACACUACCACGUCAAGAUUUCAGAUUUUGGCCUAGCUAGGUGGAACGGUUUUGCUAGGAAUGAUGAUAUUAGCCGUGACGGGUUCUGUGGGACCAUUGCCUACCUGCCUCCAGAGCGGAUUAUCGAAAAAGAUCGAAUCUCUGACACUAAACAUGAUGUGUACAGUUUUGCAAUUGUUAUCUGGGGAAUUCUCACACAGAAGAAACCUUAUCAAGGGGAGAAUAACAUCCUGCACAUCAUGGUGAAGGUCGUGAAGGGAGUUCGUCCAGAUCUGGGGCUUAUUCCCCGCAGUCGACCACAGGCCUGCUCAGGGUUCCUGUCCCUCAUGCAGAAGUGCUGGGCACUUUCCCCAGAGGCCAGACCCAGUUUUCAAGAGAUUACUUCAGAGGCUGAGGAGCUUUGCACCAAACCCAAUGAGGAGUCCAGAUCUUCAGUUUCUUUGGAACCGGAAUCCCCCUGCCCUGCCCCAGUCAGUGAGCAGACAAACAACCAAAAGCCAGUGAGGCCGAAGUCAGAAGUCAUGUUAUCUGAGAAAGACUACAGCCUGUCUGAGCUGCUGAGUCAGAUUGACUCUGGGCUCUCUCGCAGUUUUAGCAAUGUCAAAGAGGAAUCCCUUGAGAGCAAAGACAACACCAGUAAGAGACUCUCAGGCAUCUCCUCUGUGGAUUCGGCUUUCUCGUCCCAAGGCUCCAUUACAUUGUCCUUUGAGAAGGAAAAUGUGAAUGACUCCAGUGAGUUACAGAAGAAGAAGCUUUGUGAAGCCAUUCGUACUGAGGAUAUUGCUAAACUCAUGAAGAUCCUCCAGCCACAAGAUGUUGACUUGCUCUUGGACAGUGGCAGCAAUCUGCUUCACUUCGCUGUGGGACUUGCUAAUGAGGAAGCAGUUAAGUUUCUGCUACUUAGCAACUGCAACCCUAAUUUUCCCAACGUUCACGGAGCUACUCCCCUCCACCUAGCUGCUGAAAAGCGGCUGAAGGGUGUGGCUGAGAUUCUCUUGAGCCGCAAGACAACCAACGUUAAUGCAAAGGACGAGGACCAGUAUACACCUCUGCACUUCGCAGCCCAGAACGGUGACGAGGCCCUGACUCGUUUACUUCUAGACCGCUGUGCCUCUAUUAACGAAGUAGACGCCCAGGGUCGCACACCGACACAUAUUGCCUGUCAUCACGGACAGGAGAACGUGGUGAGGGUUUUGCUAAGUCGUGGGGCUGAUGUCCACGUGAAAGGUAAAGAUGACUGGACAGCACUACACUUGGCUGCCUGGAAAGGCCAUCUGGGAAUUGUGAAACUCUUGGUGAAGCAAGCUGGUGCUGAUGUUGAUGGACAAACUUCAGAUGGGCGUACGCCGCUACAUCUGGCGUCUCAAAGGGGCCAGUAUCGAGUGGCACGUAUUCUGGUGGAGCUUGGCGCUAACGUGCACCUGACAUCUGAUGGCCUCCACAGUCCACUUCACAUAGCAGCAGAAACGGGCCACACCAGCACUUCAAGGCUGCUGGUAAAACACGGCGCCGACAUUCAGAGCCAAACAGCGAAUGGCUGCACCGCCUUGCACCUGGCUGCCCAGAAAGGCCACCUGCCCACUGUUAAAAUGCUUCUCACCGAGGGUGCUGACCCGCAGAGCACCAACCACGCCCAUCGCACACCAUGCCACCUGGCAGCAGAAAACGGUCAAUGCGAGAUCCUCAAAGAGCUUCUGCAGGGUUGCCCUGAGGUCGCUCACACUCAAGACGAGAACGGCUUCACGGCACUUCACCUGGCCGUACAAGGUGGCUACAAAGACGUAAUUUGCAUCCUGCUUGAACGUGGUGCCGAUGCAGCACCGCUCUCUCCGCAACCUACUCGAGAGCGCACGCUAGAGGAGACAUCCGAAUCUGAGCCGGAGAGUCCGAACCCUCUCACACCCACAACUCUUCAGAGGAAAGUGGUUGUUCUGAAACUGACCAACUAUAAAAGCAAUGAUGACAUACGAAUCCCUGUAGACUCACUGUGUGGAUCGGCCCCUUGUUGAGGGCCCUACUGGGGCUUGAGGCCUCACAGACUCUGAAGAACUUUUUUCAAGCUCUUUGUACUCAUAGACACUUUCUCCCUCUUCUUAAAGAGAUAGUUCACACAAAAAUUAAAAUUCUGUUAUUUUUUACUCACCCGUUAUGUUGUUCCAAACUCAUGUGACUCAUUUCUUUCGUGGAACACAAAAGGUGAAUUUUUAAAAAACUAUUUACACAAUUUUACAUUUUAUUUGACCUUUUUUUAAAAGUGGUCCAAUAGCACUCAUGCUUUAUUUUCGAAGACUUGUAAAGCCAUACAAUAGCUUUGUGUGAGGAAUAAACCGAAAUUAAAGUUGUUAGCAAGGCUGGUACUAAGCUGUGAUCUCUGGGGGCGUAAGGAAAAUCUUGAGGGGGUAAAGCCCCCCCUUAUACUCACCAUGGUUGUUAGACCAAAAUGUAAGUUGUUAUACACUGAAAUUCUUGCAGUGCUUAACAGCUCACUCGAGGGGAAGAUUAUCAGUGAAUAAUAACAUCAGUUUUGGUCUUUUCCUGUCACAAAGCUAUUGAAUGACUUUUUUGACAUUUUGGAGCUGAGUAAAUGAUGAAAACAUUUUCAUUUUUGGUGGAACUAUUCCUUUAACAUUCUUUCUUUAUUAUAAAGAAUGAUAAAUGCUGGAAAAAAGGGACUCUUAAUAUCCAAAGGGAUUUACUGUACAUAUUGUAAUUAUUUGGUUGUGGCCAAUCAUAAUAUUGACAGGUACUUUUUCCAAGGGUUUGGGCUCUUGUUGGCUUUCCUCCUUGAUAAAAGAGUUAAUUUUUGAUUGGAAAUGCAUUUAUGUAUAUAUAAGUACUGUAGAUAAAGCCUACUUCCUUUUUGGGAGACAACUUCCUGUCAUUGUUUUUCCAUUCCAGUUUUUGUUGUAUGUCUUUGAUUUCACAAUUUUCUUCUUAUUAUUAUUAUUACCAAAGAACAGUGAUGGUUAAUGCAGCCUUAAGCAAAACUUUUACUACACCCAAAACUGUUUCAGAGAUCUGAGGUAUUUUAGAAAUUUUAGAGUUUAGAAAUAUUAGAAUAAGCUAACCCUCUGAAUACCAGUCAAAACGUACAUUAUUCAACAUCCUUCUAUAUCUGUCAGCACUGUUAUGUCUACUGAUAAUAUAAAAUCAAGGUAAAUAGCAAUGCUGUUAGGCCAAUUAUAUUAUUAAAAUGGUUGAGUUUCUUUAUAAAGAUGAGUGUUUAUAGAGUCAUUUGGCGCGUUCCAUGGGAACAGUGCCUGAGGGGGAUCACAGGUGUGGGUAGACAGUAUGGGGGAGGAUUGCAUCCCAUAUACCCUCAUGUUCAGAACAUCAGCUCAUUCCUGAGACCACUUUAUCUUUUCAUCACUCUUUAAAAGCCUUUUUUUAUGCCAAGGGGAGCGUAGGUGUCAUUACCCCUCAUUUAAGAAGCACUGACAAAAACAGGCAGCCUGUUAAUUGCUAGGUCUUAAAAAUCUGUUUGUAGAGGGCCAUGGAACUGUUGAAUUCUGGGUAAUAAGAGGCUUUUGUCCGUGUUAGUAUCCACACAUCUGUAUAUGUGUCUGUACAAACUAAAUCUUCCGUAGCAAGGAAGCCAGUCAUCUGAUGUCAACACCUCGUCUAGGCUUCACUUUGACUUCUAUAAUUGGUCGAUAAAGCUGCCUUGUCCUCUUCUUUUUGUACACAGAAAAUAUAUUUGUCAUGUAUUCAUUGUGUUUGCACAGAUUUAUAUUUGCACACUUUUUAUAUUUUAUGGAACAUUAAAGUUCAUCAC